UAGCCACCACCUCCCCACCACCAUUGCAAUCUUUUUCCUCCACGCAGGGGAAGGAAAGGGUUCUUCUUCCUGACCCACAUACCAGAGGAGGAAGAAGCAGCAGCUGAAUCAACCGGAUCAUCAACCAAGGAAGGAAGAGCCGUCGAGAGCGAUGGCGAGCAAGGCCCACCUCUCCUUCCUGCUCCUCGCGGCCGUCGUGGCGUCCCUCGCCGGCCCGUCGGCCGGCAUCUUCCACAUCGUCGGCGCCGGCAAGGGGUGGCGCAUCGCCCCCAACCAGACCUACUACGCCGACUGGGCCCGCACCAGGGACAUCCACGUCGGCGACAAGCUCAUGUUCCUGUACCGGAGCGGGGUGUACGACAUCGUGCAGGUGCCGACCAAGGAGCUGUUCGACGCGUGUAGCAUGGACAACGUCACCAUGCGGUACCAGCUCGGCCCCACCAUCGUCAAGCUCGACACGCCCGGCCCGCGCUACUACUUCUGCGGCGUCGGCAAGCACUGCGAGGGCGGCCAGAAGGUCGCCGUCAACGUCUCGGGUGCCCCCGCCGCCGCUGUCAACGUCUCGGGCGCCCCCGCCGCCGCCGUCGCGGCCCCGGAGACGCCCGCCGCAGCGGCGCUGCCGCCGGCGUCGUCAACACAGCUGGGGUCGUCGACGCCGCAGGUUGACCCGGCGCAGGCGUCGGCGCUGCAGCAGGCGGACCCGGCGCAGGCGUCGACGCUGCAGGUGGACCCCGCGGCGCUUGUGGACGCCGCCAAGAAGAAGCUAUAGGGAACAUGUAUGCAUGCACGUACGUACGUAUGUAUGUAUUUUACCCAGUAUAUGUAUUUUUUGUCGCACACGAGUACAAUAGCCCUCGAUCUGGGCUUGGAUCGAUGUAUUUUAUUUUUAUUUUUUAUAUUCUAAGACACGGCGCAAUUGGAUCGUA